GAAACAAGAAUGGAAGUGACACAAGUACUGCACAUGAAUGGAGGCAUUGGAGAAACAAGCUAUGCAAACAACUCCUUAGUUCAGCAAAGGGUGAUUUCUCUGACAAAAGCUAUGAGAGAGGAAGCCAUAACAAGCCUCUACCGUAGCACACUUCCAAGAAGCCUAGCAAUUGCAGACUUGGGUUGCUCUUCUGGAUCAAACACUUUCUUUGUGAUAUCUGAAGUUAUCAAAUCGGUGGAGAAGCUUUGCCGAGAAUUGAACCUUGAGUCACCGGAAUACCAGGCAUUCAUGAAUGAUCUCCCCGGUAAUGAUUUCAACAACAUCUUCAUGUCCCUUGGGAGCUUCAAACAGAAACUAUGUAAUGAAAUGGAAGCUGGGAUUGGUCCAUGCUUUUUCUCUGGGGUUCCCGGUUCUUUCUAUGGCAGGCUCUUUCCAUCAAAAACUCUGCAUUUUAUUCAUUCCUCGUACAGCCUUCAAUGGCUAUCUCACGUUCCUGAAGGUGUAGAGAACAAUAAGGGGAACAUUUACAUGGCGAGCACAAGCCCCAUAAACGUGCUCAAAGCUUACUACGAGCAAUUUCAAAGGGAUUUCUCGUUGUUUCUCGAGUGUCGUGCAGAAGAGCUCGUUGAAGGGGGUCGUAUGGUUUUAACAACUUUGGGGUCCCCUGGCGACGAUCCAUCUAGCAAAGAGUGUUGCUAUAUUUGGGAGCUUCUGGCUGUGGCUCUUAAUGACAUGGUCUCCGAGGGAAUCAUAAAGGAAGAGCAAGUGGAUUCCUUCAACAUCCCUCAGUAUACACCAUCCCCGUCUGAAUUGAAAUUAGAGGUUCUAAAAGAAGGUUCAUUCACUAUCAAUCACCUGGAGAUAUCAAAGGUUAAUUGGAAUGCUUUUGAUUCCGAUAGUAGUUUGUCUAAAUCCCUCAGUGAUGGAGGAUAUAACGUUACAAAGUGCAUGAGGGCCGUGGCUGAACCUUUGUUGGCAAGCCACUUUGGAGAAGCUAUCAUUGAAGAGGUCUUCGACCGGUAUCAAGAAAUCUUAACUGAUCGAAUGUGUAAGGAGAAAACUGAAUUCAUUAAUGUAAGCAUAUCAAUGACCCGAAGCGUAUGA